CAUCAAAUUGUAUUAUAGUUUCAAUUCAGCUCAGUGACGGCUUUAUAGGUCAUCAUGUGCGUGCAAUUAUGAAAAGAGGCUUAACUUUGACUUCAUGUUCAAGCAUUUAAACGGACAGAUUAAAAUCACAACUAAGUCUCAAUUACGCUGGAUUUUAAGUAAAAAACAUUUUAACUGAACAUUACUAUAUCCGACAGCUUAUGGGGAAAUACGCUUUCCAUUUUGUGUCAAUGAAAUAGAGUGAAUUGGUUUGUGAUUCUUAAAAUGAUAGACAAUUUUAAACGAUGGCAUUUGUACUAAGUGUAUACGAUACAAGAAUUUUUCUGACAUGAAGUGCAUUUGGAUAUUAACUACUCAGCUUCUGGUGAUAGCUUACAAUGUAACAGCAGAAUGGUUAGACUGGGGGGAAUAUGGAAACUGUUCGAGACCCUGUGGUGGAGGCCUUGUUAACAAAACGAGGACAUGCUUAGGAGCUACACACACAUGUACUGGCACUAACAUACGCUACAAAGUCUGCAAUACACAGGCGUGUGGAAGUGAAGGCCUGUUUAUCAGGGACAAACAAUGCCAAUCAUUCAACAAUGUUUCAAUCAAAGACAACUAUUUCCACUGGGUACCAUAUUACAGCUCUUCGGAACCAUGCGUUCUCUAUUGUCGAACUGUAGAAACGGGUUUUAUCUUAAAAAUGCAAGCGCAAACUUGGAAUGGUACUGCAUGCGGGAAGCAAAGCGGAGGCGUUUGUAUAGGCGGCCGUUGCAAGAAAGUCGGAUGCGACGACAUAGUUGGAUCUAAAAGAAAGCUAGACCCAUGUGGAGUGUGCGGCGGUGACGGUACGUCAUGUGACAAAACACGUGAUCAUAGAAAACGUCAUCAUGAAGCAUACGUCACAGGUUUUCAGUGGGACAUAGGAUGGAGUAUGUGUUCUAAGACCUGUGGGAAAGGAAUACAAGUUCCGUUCGAGGUAUGUAAAAAUUUGGACACAGGAGAGGAAGUCGGUACAAGGUUUUGUUCUGGUACUGAUAAACCAUCUCUUCCUAGGACGAGAGUCUGUGAUGAAAGAGACACAUGUGAUUUCAGGUGGCAAACUUCAAAAUGGGGAUCAUGUAGUCGAUCCUGUGGUGACGGGUUCAAGUAUCGACGUGUCGUCUGUGUCAAACGUUACAACUCUAGUAUAGAGCACGUGCUGGACCACAACUGUGUGGAUGCUAAACCGCAAGGGAAGACGUCGUGUUACCUUGGCGAUUGUCCCGAGUGGUUGACAGGACCUUGGUCCCCGUGUUCGGUGUCAUGUGGGUACGGGCAACAGAAACGGAAGGUUGUAUGUCGUGCAUCUUCUACGGAUCUAUGUACCACUGAGCACAAACCAGCAACUGUACAGAAAUGUUUCUCUGGCAAAUCAUGUGGCACGGGGAGCUUCCAGCAAGACGAUUCUACAGUUACAGAACAUGAUUUCUUUGAUGACGCCAUGCUACAAGAUUUAUUCACGUUACCAAGGUUUGUAGUUUCAUCAUGGGGUCCCUGCUCUGUAACAUGUGGUGUUGGCUACAGGCACAGAAAUGUGACCUGUAAGAAAGAUAGCCAAGUCGUGCCGUUCUCUGAAUGUGAAGGAACUGAGCCGCACAGUAAACGUGAAUGUCAUCAAGGAAAGUGCCCGUUGACAGCUUCCGGUGACGAGGCAUUUGUCUGGCGUCAUAGAAAGUUCAAACCUUGCAGUCAAACUUGCGGACGCGGAACUCAAACAAGUAUCCUGGAAUGUGUUGACGUGGUCAGCAACAGAACUGUAGUCGAUUUCCUGUGUGAAAAGUUGAUCAGACCAGGACCGAUAACCCAAUAUUGUAAUGUAAUUGAUUGUCCACCAGGAUGGCGUGUAAGCGAGUAUGGUACAUGUUCAGUGCCGUGUGGCGGUGGUAGACAAUCACGUGAUAUUGAAUGUGUUCAGAUGACGUCAGGUGGUGCACAAGAAACUCUGCCUUUAUACAGAUGUCCAGACCCUGUUCCACUAUCAGAAAGAUCUUGCAAUCUAAAAUUUUGCCAAGCGGAGUGGAAAACCGGAUCUUGGGCAGAGUGCUCGGUUACUUGUGGUGCCGGGUUCGAAUCAAGGCCAGUAUUCUGUGUAAAACAUCUGAAGACAAAUCUGCAAGUGAAUGUCUCUGAUUCGGAAUGUAUCGGACCGCGUCCAACGAACACGAGACCAUGUUACUUUGGUGACUGCUAUAAACUACAGCAACUUCCGGAAAUAAAGGAGCGGAAAGGAGUUUUUAUUCAAACGAAACGGUCGAAAAGGAUACGUCUUUAUGUUGGAGAAAAGGCAAUUCUUUUGCCAAAUCAGUCCGUUAAAAUCAAAUGCCCAGUGAGAAACUUUCAUAAGAAAUUAAUUUUCUGGACUAAAGAUCACCGUUUGAUUCCGUUAGUUGGACGCGUAAGAGUUUCUUCCAACGGAGCCCUCAGAAUAACACGUGCAAAUCCAAAAGUUGACACGGGUGUUUUCACGUGUAGUGCAGGGUUACUUCAUGCAACCGUUAAGGUAUCUUUUCAAUCAAAGCGUGAGGCUAAGCAACAAGCAGAUACUAUAUUAAAUUCAAUAUUUCAAGCUAAUUUUAACGGGAGUAAUUUUCAAGCUGACGGUACAUCUAAGAUGAAAAAUACGAAGUAUUUACAUAUAAAUGCAAUAGAUGAAAACAGUGGGUAUGAUUAUUCAAGUUUUACCACAUCAAACUGGACCGAGUGCUCGGAAAAAUGUGGGUGGGGUACGCAAACAAGAAUUGUGACGUGUAAUCACUUGACUGAUAAAUUCAUAAGGCUUUUACCAGAGGAGGAGUGCUUGAAAAGAGGACUUGAGAAACCUACCUCAACCCAAAAAUGUAUUAUAGAGAGUGAAUGCCCUUCAUGGACAGCCGGAGAAUGGUCAGAGUGUACAGAUGAGAAGUGUGAAAAAGUAGGUCAUUCAGUACAAACGAGAGUUGUUCAAUGCCUUUACAAGAACCAGACCGAGGCUCUGGUAUCUAAAUGCAACAUUAUCGAGAAGCCUAUUGCUAGAGAGCAUUGUAAAAAUCCAAACUGUACUGCUGAAUGGCAGACAUCAAAAUGGUCAGAUUGUACACCAUUAUGUGGCGCCAAAGGACGGAAGUUACGUACGCUAAGUUGUGUAUGGGUAUCGACUAAACUUCCGGCAUACAAUGUUUGUAGAAAUAAAGCCAAACCAUCUGUCUCAAAAACAUGUAAACCUGCGAAAUGUAGACACACAGAAACUUGUGUCGACAACUCAUCGUUCUGUGAUUUAGCUGGACAUUUAAAAAUGUGCAGAUAUCACAAGUUCCGCUGGAAGUGCUGUAAAACGUGCAAACAAGCCAACAUUAGCUAGAUUCAGAUAGUCCUGCAAACUGUGAUUUUAAUUGUUCAGAUAGAAGCAAAGUCGCCAGACACUAGGCAAAUCGUUUCCAAUGGCAGCGAAUGCAUGUUUUACAGAAGACAUGUAACAAAUUGUAUACUGCUUUACAUGUGUUUUAGUCGUACAAGACACUUCCACCGGAAAUGACGUUAACAGAGAUGACAAUCGUGCGCAGACAACUGUUGUUUUCAAUUUUCUGAAUUUAGCUGUUGCAAUUGUUGAAAACAAUUUACAUGGAAAUCUGAAUAUUCUAGAGAGCUGGAACUUGUACCGUACAGAUAUAUUUGACCCAUUAUACAUGUUUCUGUUAUGAUUAUAAGGUUGUUUGAUAUAUACAUUACAUAAAUCUUUUUUUCUCUCUUUUUCUAGUUUCAACCAAAGUAACCGCAUUAAAUAUAUCAAAAGAGUUAUGAUUACGUUGUUGCGGCAAAGCCGAGUGAUUAACGCGGCGGACUAGUAAUCUAAGGAUUGCUGACCGCAUGGGUUCAAACCCUGACAGGGGCAAGCUGUUGUUUCCUUCAGCAAGAAACUUUACAUUCACUUUACAUUUAUAUUGCUUAGUACUGGUUUGUUCCAGGAACGGAUUCGAGAGUGUUUCAAUAAGAUUAAGCAUAUAGCUUCCAACACAAUCGAACUAAAAUAAAUUUGUAUAAAACCAAAAGAGUUAUGAUAUCAAUAUGUAUCGGUAUCAUAAAUUAUACGAAGUCUGAAUACAUGAAGGUUCUUACUGAUUUAUUUAAAUACAAUGUAUUAUGAAUUCUGAAAUCGUCUUUAUGAUAAAGGUUUGUUCUGCUGAAUCGCCAUUUGACGUUGUUCAUUUAUUCCGGCGUCAAGUUCUAACACAAGCAUUAUUUUAUGACCCGUCACUGUACAUAACUAUCAUUGUGGAUUGUAUAUUUUUUAUGAUAUUAAUUUUCUAAUAAAACUUUGAAAUACG